AUGGUGACGAAGCAGCCCGCGUUCAAGGAUGCCGCCUCCGCCGCGGAGGUGUCGCGGUGGAUGGAGAUGCAGGCCGCCGUGAGCCGCAGCACGUCGAGGCAUUCCAAGGUUCUAGAGUCCGUCUUGAACCCCGGAUCGGUGCCCGAGCCGGACGCCGCCCCGGUCAAUCCCCUCCUCCCGCGUUGGUCCCGGACGCUGCCCCCGCAGCCGCUGCGAGUCACGCGCAACCCCGAGUACGAGUCCAUCGACGAUCCGGAGACUGACGCGGCGCUCGCGCGCGUCCAAGCCGAGGCGAACGAUGAGGUCCCGGUCGGAGCCGCCCUCACCCAGGCGCCCGAUGGGGAAGAAGAAUCGGAAGCGAAGGAACCGAUGACGUACGCCAAUCGGAUCGCCACCGAGUUCAUGGGCGUCGAUCCGACAACCGGAAAACAGAACCGCGUCUCCUACGACGGCAUGGGCGGCAUCAAGACCCACUACAUGGAGAUCUACAACUCCGUCGGAGAUCCCAAGAACAAGGACGUCAUGGGCCCGCUGGUCAAGAUUGCCCGCCCGUCGCAGUCGAAGAUCGCGCUCGGCAACCAGUACACCGAAUCCCUGCGGGGCACCGAGGAAACCCGCGCGCGAUGGGCGGAGAAGGCGUACGUCACCUCGAAGCAGCGCAUGGACGCCCCGGUCGCGGCGGCCGUGGGCGAGAUCCCGGGAGUCGCGGAGGAGAAGGCGGAGGCCAGGCGCCUGUUCAUGGACAACGUCGUCGCCACCAGGCUCUACUACGGCGACCUGUUCAACAACGCCGGGCAGGCGGCGGUGGAGGCCAAGCUGGCGGACCCGGCGACGUCCGCGCAGGAGAAGGAGGACAUCCUCGAGGCGCUGAGGGAGGUGCACGCGGGGGUUCAGCCCCUGAGGGACAGGACGGUGAGCGGAUCGGUUCAGACGCACAGAGCGGGUUUUCGGCCCUCGGAGCAACACGCGAAGCGAACCAAGGAGAUUGCGCAGAGCAUCGAGCGCAUCACGGGCGGGAAACAGAGCGAGCGCGCGGUGGAGGCUCGCGAGCGGCGCAAGCGUGAGGCGCGGGCCAAGGCGGCGGAGGAGCGUACGAGGCUGGAGGCGUACAAGCUUCAGGCGGAGGCGGAGGCUAAACAAAAGAGGGAAAAUCCCGCCGGCGUGAACUGCGACCCGGCAAGGAGGGACGCCGGGCACGUUCCCGGUCGGUCGCAGGUGACCAUCGGCAUGCCCAACGUCAAGUCCGUCGUUCCCAACGUCUCCGAGUACGUCGCGGUGACGACGGAGGUGGCGCACGGGUACGGAAAGUACGGCAAAGGCGGCGAGAAACCGGAGAAGCCGGUGUCUUGUCCGCCCUUUGGCAACAACUGGCUGGGGGAGACGAGAGCGGACAGGCUGGCGUAUCCCACCCCGGGGUACCUGGCCGUCCCGUUCGCGCGCGCCGUCGCGCCAAACGUGAACAGGCGCGCCAGGGAGGCGGACGCCAUCACCGAUCUCAACAGCACGACCCAGAGGUCUAGCUACCAGAGCAGGGACCCGAGGGAGAUGGCUGAGGAUUCAAAAAAGGCGCGCGAGAUGUUGGCGGGAAACAAGCUGAAGCGGAGCGAGAGUUUCAUCCCGCUCGGGUCGAAGGGUCUGAUGGACCACCCGAGGCAUCAGCGGGAGACCAAGUACUCCAAGGAUUUCGCCGCGGAGCCGAGGUACGCGCAGGUCAGGGGGGGCGAGACCGCCUGA